UUAUCAUCAAAGGAUCUAAUCUCCAAUGCCUGAGCCAAAGAGACGAGAAACUAUUACACCAACGCCUUCAUCUUCUCACCCUGACCGUUAUGUUCCAAAUGCACUAAAGUUUGCGUUUGGCGGUGCAGCUGGCAUGAUGGCAACAUGCAUAGUUCAACCCCUGGAUUUAAUAAAAACUCGAAUGCAGCUGGCUGGCAUGGGAAAGUCCUCAGUUGCAGUGACUUCGGAAAUCGUGGCCAUGGAAGGUUUUAUGGCUUUGUACAACGGUCUUUCCGCCGGCCUCCUGAGACAAGCCACUUACGGGACCACGCGUCUUGGCGUGUUUAAUUAUCUUUUUGACUCAUAUAAAGAAAGAAAUCAAGGCGUGGCACCAGGCUUCGUGCAAAAAACGAUGCUGGGUACAGUGUCGGGUGGAAUUGGUGCCUUUAUCGGUACUCCAACAGAAGUUGUCCUUAUUAGAAUGACAGCUGACGGUAGACUUCCUGAGAGACAGAGAAGAAAUUAUAGCAGCGUUUUUGAAGCACUCAGCAGAAUAGUGAAAGAAGAAGGUGUGUUAAAGCUGUGGCGAGGCGCUGCGCCGACUGUCUUCCGCGCAAUGGUCGUCAAUGCCGCGCAACUCAGCACUUAUACCCAGGCACGCGAGAUGAUGCUUGUGUCCAUUUCGGAUGGCAUCCUGUUACACUUCAGUGCUUCCAUGGUCGCCGGCCUCGUUACCGCCAUCGCCUCUUUGCCUGUUGAUAUUGCAAAGACUAAAAUCCAAAACGCAGCAAAAGGCCAAAGCCAAAUGUCGGUGAUAACCAACUUGAUACAAAACGAGGGAGUUUUGUCCCUUUGGAAAGGUUUUUUACCAUAUUACGCUCGCUUAGGCCCGCACACUGUGCUUACAUUUAUAUUCCUCGAGCAAAUGAAUGCUGCAUACUUUAGGUCUGAAUAAUUAUGGAUUUAUGGAUAUUACAAAAUGGCGAAUUUAGUCAUAGGACUGAGAGAGGUUAGUAUUUUGAGAGUCGUAGGAGUACCUACUACAAAAUGUUCAAUCAAAGUCCCAAAAGUCCAUUCAAGUAACAAAACAAGUAUCUAGGUCAUAGUUUCCCAAAGUGGUGUGCCCCAGUGGGCACUGAAGUCCUAGGGAUGCGGUAGGGGCCUCGGAAGCAAUUGGAGGGCGUUGAUGCUGUCCUGGGGAUGCUACCGCGUAUGCAAAAAUAAACCUGAAUAUAAACUACACUACGUAAUAUGUAGGUAUUUUUUCCAAGUCAUUUUUUGUGUUAAGUUAGUAUAAAAAUUCGUGUUUCAUUAUUUUUUGUGGCGGGUGUUGAAAUUUUUUUAUCUCGCGUAAGUGGGCGGGAGGCAAAAACUUUGAGAACCUAUGAUCUAGGUGGACACAGCGAUUGCCUUUCAAGCAGGGUUCGAAUUCGAAAUGAUAAUUUAUAAUCUUGAUAAAUAUAUCAUCAUAAUUAUGCUAUGUUUUGUUUUUUAGAUAGGUACUACGACACUGAGUCGUGUGUAAAAUGAUUGUCUUGCAUUGCAUACUUGUACAUGAAGCGUUAAACCACAGACAUAUAUCUGUCUGUGCGUUUA